AUGGAUGAGGUCUCGGAGCCUGAGCAGUUCUGGAAUGAACUCCAAGCGAUCGUCUCCAAGCCCUGCGACUCCGAGGACCUUAUCGACGACGCCCUGCGAGACUAUCUGACUCUCACGACCCAACACAAAGAUGAUUGCCUCCGAUCCGAAUACGACAUCUCGCGCUGUUCAUACAAGCUCUUCGCGUCGCCCAUCUUCGCCGCCCAUACCGAUUAUGUUCGCCGCCAGAUCAUUUACGGUCUCCUGCAGGAAGACGAUUCGAAUACCCUCCACCUAAUCGCGUCCUUUCUGCUCUUUGACGGCCGCCAGAAUGAGGUGGCCCUCCGGAUGCUAAACGAGGAGGGUGCGUUUGCGCGUCUCCUCGAGUUGAUUCAAGCACUACGAAGGGAAGACAUGGACGGCGGGGCUGGUCUCCACCGACUGCUGAUGGAUUUGUUGUAUGAGAUGUCGAGGAUCCAGAGAAUGAAGAUUGAGGACUUGGUUCUCGUGGACGAUAAUUUUAUUCGGUGUCUCUUCGAUCUCAUCGAGGGACUGUCUUACGACGUCAGCGAUCCAUAUCACUACCCUGUCAUUCGGGUGUUGCUGGUCCUGAACGAGCAAUUCAUGAUCUCAGCCCAUGAUCCAGUGGAUGAGCAGUCGUCCAGUCGGCUGACAAAUAAGGUGAUCAAGGUCUUGUCGAUGUACGGCAGCUUGUACAAGACGUUUGGCGAGAACAUCAUUCUUCUGAUCAACCGGGAAGCAGAGACAUCUCUGCAGCUUUUAACUCUGAAACUUCUCUACCUGAUCUUCACAACACCCAGCACCUAUGAGUACUUCUUCACUAAUGACCUCCACGUGCUGGUCGAUAUCCUGAUCCGGAAUUUGCUCGACCUGCCCGAGGAGGCGUCUGCGCUGCGACAUACCUAUCUGCGCGUUCUAUACCCCCUCCUGGCGCAUACACAGCUGCGCCACCCACCGCACUAUAAGCGUGAUGAGCUCCGAAAGGUGCUGAGCAUCCUCGUCCGAGGUGAGAUCUCGUACGGGAGCGAGGCAGAGCAGGAGAAGAUCAUGCAUUUCGAAGAAGUCGACGAAACUACUCGGCGGCUCGUCGGCCGUUGUGCAACGGUGGAAUGGUUGCGCAAUGUGGAAGUACCCGCGACGGCGAGUGCACAGGAACCUGCGCAAGAAGUUACUACAAUCGAUACCGUCCUGGAUCAAAAUGUUCAACACGAGUCGCCCACGGACAUUGGUGAUUUCGAAGCCAGCCGCACGCUGUCGCGCACAAGUACCAUCCCCAGCUCGCCCGAUACGGCGUCGCCCACGCGAAUAGACUCGCGUGGCUCUUCCGAGGCCCCGGGCCGCCAACGGAAACUUAGCCUCGCCCAGCGAAUUGGUAUGAACCUAGAGCCGGCCUCAUCGUCUUCACUCAGCGUGCAGGCCGUCGCUGCACAGCACGAGAAGCCCGGCAUCAUCACGCCGAGCCGCGCCGACGGCCGCACAGCUGCCGAUCCGGACGGCGAGACCUCCACCACUCGACCCCCCAAAAUCAAACCAGAGCCGCCCAAAUCCCGCCGCUGGCGAGGCCGCCAACUGGCCGUCGACGACGAUGAUCACUCUACGGGUGCAAGCAGUGACCGCAACAUCAUCCCUGAAGGCGUGGAAGCCAGCCCUACCACAACUCUCACUACACCAACCACAUCCACGCCCACGACCUCUUCAUCCGCUGACCGCCGCAACUCCGCCUCAUCCAGCCUGGCCCCUUCUGUCCCAGCACAUGCCCGCCGCUCCGCCUCCAACCCACCUCCAGCCGUCCCGCCCCCGCGCCGAUCCACCCACACCACACCCUCCUCUAGCCACCACCGCGCCCCAGCCCCAGGAUCAAGCGGGCCAUCCCGUCCCGCCCAGAAACCGCUUCCACCCAAAGCCCGACGCGGCGGGCGCGCCCAGACCUUGCAUGCGCCGACGCCGACAGACUCUGUCGAGAGUGGAGCCAGCAACGCCAGCGCUCCGAAAGAGUCUGAUGCAGCGCCUGAGAGUGCCGUGCCUGCUAUAUCGCAGCCGCCUCCCCAUUCCCCGGAAAGUCCUGUCCUCGAGGAUCCUUUCUCGCCGGCCUCUCCCACCUCACCGACUGUGCCAUCGGAGCAUGCGGCCGAACAUGAUGCACCGGUGAGUGUCGAGGAGGCAGUGCAAAAUGUAUCAUUGCAUUGA